AUGCUGCCAGGCGCAUUGGCCAUUCGGCUGCUGGGAUUGACUGCCCAUGCCUCGUUUAUAAUUGCCGCAGCCGCAGCAUCAGCUCCUGGGGAUCAGGCGGCCGAAGAGCUGGUGUAUCGUUGUGGCAAUACCCACCCUUCCAAGGAGCUUGUGGAUGCACACGAGGAGCUUCAAAAGAAGGAACAGCAGCACAAGACUCGCUCCAUCGAUGCAAACGAAACCAUCAACAUUGAUACGUACUUGCAUGUUGUCAUGUCCCACCAAGACAACCAAACCCUCGCCAGUGACUCGACUAACAAGACAAAACACGCACAGGACACAAUGCUGAACAACCAGAUGGACGUGCUAAACAAGGCCUUUGAGGAGUCCAAGUUCCAUUUUAAUCUCAAGAAGAUUAGGCGAGUCAACAAUGCAACAUGGGCAGUGAAGAAUGAUAGCCUUGCAAUGAGAAGUCAGUUACGUCAAGGCGAUCAAAAGACUCUCAAUGCUUAUAUCCUCCAGGGACUCGAGGGCUUUGUUGUCAGCGAGGUACACAAGGGCUAUAACCUCGGCGAGGCAUUGACCCCGGAUCAGUGGGGUCUCCAUGGCCUUGAAGCCGACCUUGUGAAUAUAAUAGUUGGAACAAUUCCUGGGGGUUCUAACACGAAAUUUAACGGGGGAAUCACGCUAGUCCACGAGGUUGGCCACUGGCUCGGUCUCCUGCAUCCUCAUGAGUAUGGCUGCGACGGGGGCGACUUUAUCGACGAUACGCCUGCCAUGGCGCGGCCUGAUUACAAAUGCACGCGAGGUUUGGAUUCUUGUCGCGGACCAAAGUAUAAAGGAGAGGACCCAAUCCACAACUAUAUGGGUUAUGGCCCCGCCUCCUGUCUUUAUGAGUUCACCAAAGACCAGAGGAAACGAAUGCGCGACCUGUGGGAAAGGUUUCGCCUGUUCAAGAACGUACCAGAGAUAUCAUGGAAGAAGGAUUGCCAAGCUGCACUCCUUCCCCUGUACACUGAUUGUAAAGCGGACAAGAGUAAAAAAAAUGAGACGUGUGCAACAGAAUUGGUGGAAAAUGCGUACUUGCCUUGCACCCCGUUAUCACCAACCACGAAGCGAGAAUGCUUGGAUCGAUUCGCGCGCUACAAGGAAAAGUGCAACUCAGAAUCUUGCAAGGAGGACUUUGUCAACAGUUACGAGAGGUAUUGCGCGGCGGAUCGACGCGUCUUCUCUGACGCAUCGAAUGACGACCAGAAGCCAAAGCUGUCGCAAACAGAGGCAGGCAAGCAGUGGAGGCUGGUGUGCAGACAGGCCACGAUGCUGGUCCAGGAGCAGUGCACGAAAAGCGAAUGUCAGAAGGAGAUGGUCUGCGGCAGUCUCUUCACGCGAUGCGCAAAGGCACCACAAGACAGCAAGCAGUGUCAAGAUGUGCUUGACCCGCUCGUCAAGCUUUGCGAGACGGACAAGUGCCGACGAGGCCUCGAGGCCCUCAAGAGCAAGGAAUGUGUUGCUGGCAAGGAUCCCGUGGCCGAGUACAACGGCGGCAUCGUGACCGACUGGGAUAUUCACGGGGAUAUGGCUCCCAUUACUCGGGACGAAUGGAGAAAACGCUGCAACGAAGUUCCUAAAGCCAUGGUCCGGAGUUGCGAAGCGGACAAGGCGUGCAUUGAUAACGUCAAGUCCCAAAAUUUAUCGUCGUUUUGUCAAAAGGACCGACCACAAUUCCAGGUUGACUGCAAAGCCGAAUUUGCUGCAGCGACCGUUUGGGCUUGUGCGUCAGAGAAAUGCAGGAAUGAGGUGCUUGAUUUGGAAAACAAGGCAUGCGCUGGAAGAUCAAGCAUUUGA